AGGCUAUGAAGCGCGGCUACCCCGUCUGCGCAUGCGCGACAGCCGUUUAUUGAUGGGGGGAAAAAAAGGUCACGAACUCUGACCCUCCCACCAAACUGCAGCAAACAGUUAAAAUAUUAAUUUAUCGGAGAUCAUACAUCAUCUAAACCUGACAGUUUCUCGGCCAGGUAAGACGGCGCUUACUACCGUGGACGUAAGAGCGGUUCGUGGGAGAGACUCGGCUGGACACAGGAAGAGGGAGGGAGUGUUCAGGCGCUGUGCAGCGGGGAGGCAGCCGUUAGCUACCGGCUAGCACGCAGCUAACCUAGCUCGUUAGCAACCGUCGUCCGGAGCUCCUGCUGCGCAAAAAUAAAACAAAACAAGUGUGCAUGCCUCAUGGGGCACUGAUGUGAAGAGCAGUGGAAGAAAGUGUGUGCAGAAUCAGAAUGGAUGGACAGACGCAAAGGAUUCAACUUGUGUCUGCAGACAGCAGCAUGGCGUUAGGACACAGAAUACAGAUUGUAACUGAUCAGCAGACUGGACAGAAGAUCCAGAUCGUCACAGCACUUGAGCCAUCUUCCCCUGGAAAGCAGCAGUUUAUCCUAGCAAAUGCUGACUAUUCCCCUGGUGGGAAGGUGAUCUUGACCAAACAGGAAGGCUCACCCAACAAGGUCAUCCUUGCUGCUCCAGACAGCUCUGGAGUUAACCAGUUGUUGUUUGCCUCCCCUGAACUGGCGGGGCAGCAGAUUCAGUUUGUGACCGAGGGGUCAGACCCGUCUCUUGUGAAGCCGGUUGUGGAAUACUGUGUUGUCUGUGGCGAUAAGGCUUCAGGGCGCCAUUACGGAGCUGUCAGCUGUGAGGGCUGCAAGGGCUUCUUCAAACGCAGCAUUAGAAAGAACCUAGUGUACACGUGCAGGGGCUCCGGAGAGUGUGCCAUCAACAAGCUUCACCGAAACCGUUGCCAGUAUUGUCGACUGCAGCGCUGCAUUGCUUUAGGAAUGAAACAGGAUUCUGUGCAAUGUGAGAGGAAGCCUGUUGAAGUGACCCGAGAGAAAUCUGUCAACUGUGCAGCGUCUACGGAGAAAAUCUACAUCCGGAAGAACCUGUGUAGCCCUCUGGCUGCUACACCCACUUUUGUAUCCGACAAGGAAACUGCCAGGUCUACAAGUUUGCUCGAGUCAAGCAUGUUGCUCAACAUCCAACAACCCUUCUCCAAGCUGGAAAACACCAUUCUGAUCCCAGCAUCUCCUGACAAGCAGGAUGACCCAUCUCAAGGCGACCUCGGCACGCUGGCAAAUGUAGUGACGUCCCUCGCCCACCUCAACAAAGCCAGGGAGGCAAGCGACAGCGGCAACGAUCUGAUGGGAGUUGAAACGCUUAGUAACGGUGACAGCUCCAUGACAGACAUCCAAGGAGAUGAGCAAACUGCAAGCGAUAUCACCCGAGCUUUUGACACGCUGGCCAAAGUCCUGCAUCCUGCUGAUGGCUCAGCAGGAGAGUCCUUGGAGGCCACAAUGCAGUUGAUGUCAGGGGACCAAUCAGGUCCUGUGGUAGAGUUGGAGGGACCUCUACUUUCUGACGGCCAUAUUCCUUUCAAGCUUAUGAUGCCUUUGCCUGUGCCAGAGUACCUCAAUGUCAACUACAUCUGUGAGUCAGCUUCCCGGCUACUUUUUCUCUCUAUGCACUGGGCUCGCUCUAUUCCUGCCUUUCAAACUCUUGGUGGCCAAGACAAUGACAUUAACCUGAUGAAAGCCUGCUGGAAUGAACUGUUUGCCCUGGGUCUGGCACAGUGUUCCAACGUAAUGAAUGUUGGUACCAUCUUAAGUGCCAUUAUCGCCCAUCUGCAGACCAGCUUACAGGAAGACAAGCUGUCCCCAGACCGAGUAAAACUAGUAAUGGAGCACAUCUGGAGGAUGCAGGAGUUCUGUAACAGCAUGAUCAAGCUGACCCCAGACUCGUAUGAAUAUGCCUACCUCAAAGCCAUCGUUCUCUUUAGUCCUGAUCACCCGGGCAUAGAUAAUACCCCACAGAUAGAGCGGUUUCAGGAGAAAGCAUACAUGGAGCUGCAGGACUACGUAACUAGGACCUACCCAGAAGACUCUUACAGGUUAUCCAAGCUGUUGCUACGUCUUCCCGCCCUCAGGCUGAUAAGUGCAGCUGUCACAGAGGAGCUGUUUUUCGCUGGGCUCAUUGGCAACGUGCAGAUCGACAGCAUCAUCCCAUACAUCCUCAAAAUGGAGUCCACUGAUUAUAAUAGCCAGGCGGUCUCCGGGGUGUGACACACACUGUGCCAUUUGUGAUAGCAAAAUUGGACAAUGAAAACUUGACAAGCCAACCAAUCAGAGUGCUCCACAGAAUGAUCACCAAGUGGUCAUAACAUACUGUAUUUAUGACACCGCAUCUUACGGGAUAUCUGUUUUCACUUUGCUCCUACUUCUGACACCUCAGUAACCGGUCAGUGGAGCACAAUUCACAAAGAGGACGAAUACAAAUCAGCUCCAGGCCCCUUUCAGGAAUGAACUGUUGAAACCUGCAUAGUAGAUCGCGCUUUUUAUUGUACAUAGUAUUUUAUGCUUCAUCUCCUCCAGGCCUCUCCUUUUUUUGCAGACCUUGUUUGUACUCUGAAGGAAUCAGGAUGGGGUUUUUUUCACCGCUUUCCUACAUGGUCAUGCUUUUUUUUUAUUUUCUAAUUAUGAGGAAAAACUAUUUGUCAACGUGAAUUGAUUUGUGAGAUGUUAUCACUAAAGGUUAUAACCUUUAUUUCUUGUUUGUUUGCCAAUCCAAAGGAUUGGGCAGCAGCAUUUGUCAAAUAUUUGACAUCCUCAUCAUCAUCAUCGACAUCAUCAUGUGGAUCUGAAGUAAUUGUGUAUCUAGAGUUGUUUAUAGAAUGCUCCGAAAAGGCAAAGAUGGGUAGCACUUGGUAAUUCAUGGAUUCCAUCUUUGGGGACAAACUAAUGUGGAUGGAAAAUGAUGGUCAAGUCAUUUGAAAAUAAAAACACCUUUCAGUCA